AUGGGAACAAAUGGAGUAGAUUCCGAAAAGUUUCGCAAACAAAUGACCGUCUCAAAAUUAUGCGGAUUCCAAAAGGCGACCCGGAUCCUCCCACUGACAAUGAAUCCCACGACGGAGGAUGUUGAAGUGAAAGAUGUGAAGAUGACGACGUCGUUCGAUGAGAAGGGAAUUGCCACGAAUUAUUAUAGUGUCACGUGGAUUGAUGUGGCUGAAAAUAAGAAGGCGGACGACGGAUUGGGACUGAAGAAGACGGUGUCGGCAACGAAGAUUCAGGAGGGAUUGAAGACUGGAAAAAUCCAAUGUGACGGACCAUGCGGACAGAAAGUGAAUCUCGCUGACGUUGUCCAAUUCGGAUGUGAUCAUAUGAUUUGUGAUAAAUGUCGUCGUUCACAGACGAGUAAUGCUCUUUUCGAUGGUUCUCCCGGUUGUUGCCACGCGGAAUGUCUCGAAAAAGCCACGCAUGACGGUUUGAAACUGAGAUCUGGACGUCGAUUGGACUCUCUUGCCUCCUCGGUUUCCCUUCGUUCGAACGACGGACCAUGGGAAGUACUUGCCGUGCAUGUUUGCAUUGUGAAGAAGUUUGGAAACCACGUGUACCGUACCAAGUUAGAUUACGAGUUCCCAUCACAGACACGUAUUGCCGAGUUGACCAAAGUGUUGGCUCCAUAUCAUGAAACAAUUGCCGACGGACGUGUCUACUACAGUAUGCGUAGACCAAAGACGUGUGAUGAGCUCUAUCCGAUUUCUCUGACUGACACGAACCUCCGUUUCUAUCAUCUAUCCGAGUAUAAACCGUUGAGAUCUGGAAGAAUGUAUGUGAUGGUGAUUGGAGAUGGAGUGCAACUCUAUUAG